CUUUUUUCUUACUUGGCAGUGAAGAACCCUAGAAAAGAGAAUGGCGAUGGCGGUGGCGCCCAGCGCCUCCGACUCCGAUCUCGCCUUCCAAAUGCAGAUGAACGAGGCGCUGGCGGCAUCGAUGGGCAUUGACACGCUGGAUGAUCGCGGAAAAGCUGGAUGGAGGAGCAAGCUCCUGGGCGUGGAGGGCGACGCGGCGCUGGCAAUUCGCGUCCAGGAGAUGGAGCUGGAGGCGCUCCAGAAGCAGGAGGAGGAUCGCGGCAAAGCGGCCAAGCUGCUCAAAGCGCUCAACGAGAGCGCGGACCAGCUGCUCCACGACGAGACAAUGGCUCGCGAGAUCGAUGAGAUGGACGAGAGGGAGUGGGAGGAGAACGGUGACUUGUACGAGCGGCCUUUCCAGUCGGGGAUCACGGGGACGUUCUUCCGGGUUUUUUUCAAAGGCUACUCGGUUUCCGAGGGUGGUGUGAUCGUCGGUGCCGCUCUUGGUGGAUCGAUCAUGGAUUCCAGUGGAAACGAGCUCCUCCAGCUCAAGAGAUACGUCGCAACUCCCACCGGGAAGAACGUCGCGCAGUACUAUGCUCUCGUUGACGUUCUCAAGUCGGCUCAGUCCAUGGGAGCUCGCAAGAUCAUUGCUUAUACGGACUCUCGCCCUCUCAAUAACCAGAUCAAGGGAUAUUGGAGGGUCUCUACAAAGGCUAUGAUGGCCGAGUAUGACAAGGCAAUCGGGCUCAUCGAUAGUUUCGACUCGUUUGAUAUCAACCUUGCGCUCCACGGAGAGAACUGGCCAGCAGACAAUCUAGCAAAGUCGGUCUCGAUCAGCCAGAGGCAAAACACGGCUUCCAGCAGCAGGUCCAUGUUUCACUGCGUCAUUUGCCUCGAGGACGUCCAGGAUGCGGACAUUUACACUCUCACCGAGUGUUCGCACAAGUUUUGCUCAUCGUGCGUGAAGCAGCACGUCGAGGCUACAGUGACAACCGGGCGGACUUUCCCGGUGGCUUGCCCGCAAGUCGAGUGCACGAAGAAGUUCACCGAGGGCGAGUGCAAGAAGCUGCUGUCCGAGGCGGCUCUCAAAGUUUUCAUGAAGAAGAUAGAGGAGGAGCGCAUCCCUGACGCGCAGAGAGUCUACUGCCCGUAUCCAAACUGCUCGGACUUAAUGGAUAGAAGGACUUUCCUCGACCCCAAGCCCCGGAAGUUGUGUGGAGCUUGCCACAGAUACUUCUGCCUCGACUGCCGAGUUCCCUGGCAUACAUUCUCGACUUGUGCUGGAUACCAGCGACUGCCUCUCGACUUAAAAGACGCCGCAGACGCAAAGCUCUACAGGCUCGCGGAGAACCAGAACUGGAGGCAGUGCAAGCAGUGUAGGCGGAUGAUUGAGCUCUUGGAAGGGUGCUACCACAUGACUUGCAGGUGUGGCUGCGAGUUUUGUUAUACCUGUGGCAUGGAGUACCGGAAUAAGAUACAAAUGUGCACCUGCAACCUCUGGGACGACCGCUACAUUAUUAGAGAGGAAGAAGAGUUCUCGGACGAUGGAAGUGGCAGUGACGUCGAAAUGGAUCUUCGCGACCCGUUCUACAAGACGCAGCUCUGUAGAUACUUCGCCAACGGGCACUGUCGUCAUGGAGUCAACUGCAGGUUUGCUCACGGUAAUCACGAGCUGAGAUAGAAUCUUUAUACUUUUUUUUUCCGGGAGAAGAAUAGAGUUCUAGGAGCGAGUCAA